CGAGAUAGGAAUAGGCUUGUGGCGAAGAAGGAUUAAGGCAGACCUAGAGUUACGAGUCUCCUUCAAACUACAUUAUACGGAGAGUAGUUCUCUCAUUCCUUAUUUCACUUUACUCCUCCAUCUUACACUUUCGAUUGCUUCCCCUGAAGCGAUGGUUUUUUGAGUUCAGCGCGUGUCUUUAUAAUCAUUGCCGUAUCCGAGCAGUGGGGAGCGAGGCAUAAUGGCAUCGUCCGCCCCAUCCGAAGCCCGCGAGCUGGAGCUCGUUGGUAAAGUUGAGAUGAGGAUAGCUCUUGCCAAGGACGAGAAGCUUGAAUCGGUUCUGAAGGUGUAUCUUCCUCCCGUGCUUCUAAAGCUUGGAAGUGAACACCAAGCAGUACGAAACAAGGUUAUUGCAACUUGUCAGCAUAUAAAAAUUAGACUCUCGGGAAACCAAAAUGUUGUCCUGCCAGUUGCAGCGCUGCUGCAGCAGUAUAAAGACAACCCGGAGUCGUCCAUGAUACGGCACUUUGACUUACUCUUCAUUCAGCAGAGUAUUGGCAAGCUUUCCUCAACUGAACAAAUUGAUCUACUGCCAAUCCUGCUGCACGGGAUCGCCAAAGAUGCCGGCAAGCCUACUUGUACCACAGUUUUUAAUCUCUUCUUACGCCUGUUGCCACAGAUGAGGCUACCGGUAAGAGGGAGCAAGGAAGAUGACGAACUUCGUACCAAGCUAGGCCUUGACGAACAUCCAGAAGAUGCGGAGUUCGUUGCUUCUUGGUUUGGAAAGCUUGUUUUAUUCAAUCCAGCCAAAUCCCUUGCAGGCUCUGGUGGAGGAAGCAUUGCCAGUACUGGUCUAUCCGCUGAUGACUAUGCAUUUCUCACUCAGAAUGGAAAAGAGGAUACUUGGAAUCCAAAAGCCCAAGAAGGUCUCAACGUAACGGAGACCAAAAUAACGGCUCUUAAGUUUCUGACUAGCGGAGCAUUCAAAGACCCAGAACGUUUUAUCCCAGCAAUAUUUGCAGCUGCGGACACCAACUCACGGAUUUCUAGUUUCGGAGAAGAUUUACUUAAACGAAGCACAGUGUCAUUAGAAGAUAAGUCUGUAAUUAGCAAGCUUUUCGAUAUAUAUAUGUCUUCGAAGCCGCCACUUCAGACACGUAUUCUCACGUUGAUGGCAAAAUCUACUGCGUCAACAACAUAUCCAGAUAAGAUUGUCCGAAUUGUUCAGGGAAGCAUACAACCGGCCAUGCCUGAUGCUCCUCCUGUGCAAGGACUGGAAGCCUUGAAAUUGCGGAACGCAAUGUUCAACUUCAUGAAUUGGGUUUCUAGAAUGGGUUCACCGGAUGACUUAAAGCGUGCCGCUCCUUCUAUCAUAACCUUCCUCCGUUCUUUCAUUGAAGAGCAAGGUUGGCCAGUGCCCAACAGUCGGUCUACUGAUGAACUGGCUCUUCGAGCAUUGGCAUAUGAGACCCUUGGCUCAAUGGCAAAGACAGUACCAUCAACUGUCCUUGAACCUGGCCUUGAUCUCAUUCGUUGGCUGUUUCGGUCUCUGACUGAAGAAAGGUCGUCUGAAAGCAUUUUCAUUAGCAUUGAAGGGGCAUUGGCAAGUCUGUUAAAUGCAUUUUCUGGUCCAUUGGACUCUUCAUUGCGAGACGAACUUCGGUCACUGUUGCUUUCUUAUAUGUUACAAGAGAAAGAUGACACUAUCGUACGCAGCGCUAAGUUUGUGACCGUACGCUGGGCAAAUCGCUGCCUUGAGUAUAGCGAUGUUGUGGGGAGAUGGGUAGAUAUUCUCGCUCUGGGAAGCCCCGCGGAGGAAAGAAGCGACGUGCUUGAAGAGGGUAAUAAAGGCUUGGAUCCAUAUUGGUACCGUCUGCUCAAUCUAUCAGAAGGAACGAAUGACCUCGUUCUUCCGAAUUGGGGCGAGCUUGUCAGAGUAUUCUUUACCGGGAAAACUCUCAUGGAAAACUCCCAUAUCGCCAACACCAUGCUCACCGGCAUGGAUAUCGACAGCGUCUCCGUCUUCGGUAACUUCUCAGGGAAUAGAAUAAACGCCUUCCAUCAUGCUGUUGCUUACUGCCGCCGAAUGCUUCUAAUAGCAGCGACGCAGCAAGGGAAGGAUAUUGGCAGCGAGGCAGAUUGGGAACGCCAGCUCAAUGUGCUACUCCGAACAGAUAAGUCGUCGCGACAAUUAGUCAAAGAUCAUAUGAAAACUAUAAGCCAUGAGGACUUGAGCAUCUUUUUUACUGCGGCAUUUGAAGGAAUGCUAUGGAAGCAUGGUAAAGGGCUCGAAGACUGCGGAAAAUCACUUGUUGAACUGGGAGCAUUAGCGCCCCAGGCAUGUCUAUCCGAACUCGCCACUCGAGCCUCUGAGUUAUUACCAGCCAUCGCUUCCAACGACGUUGCAACAAGGCAGACUGCGGCUCAGUCUCUGGGCAUGCUUGGAGCCCAUCCGUCGAGUGAAGCAGAUCAACUGAACAAAAUAUUACAAGCACUUAUUCAGUCUGUUAAGCUUUGGGAUUCGGCAGUUGGAGCAGGAGCAAAUAAGGUUCACGGUUCAACAAUUGCCGUCUCGUACCUUCUGAGUCGCGCCGUCUUCUAUGGACGCAUUGCCGAUGUUGAAGUAGCACUGAUAGAUGAAGCUGUCACGCUGAUUCUGAACAUGGCCAGCAAUGCAACUGACGCCAGUAACAAAGAAUCUGCGUUUAUAGCCAUUGGCCUCCUUAGCACCGUGGAUCUAGUAACUGAAGCCCGACUUGAGGCCUCUCCUGAUGAUGCAGUUGCAAUCAUCAAGGUGCUGACAACAGAAGCAAAGAAAGGAAAUGAGAAGGCGAUCUCAGCUCUUGGUAGAUUUACCCUGAUCUUUGAUGAGGAGACUCUUGAGACUCCAGAGUCACCACUCGCUAUAAUACUAAAGGGUUUGUAUGAACUGCAUGAGCUGAGACAAGCCGAAGUUCAUUUCACAGUCGGCGAGGCGUUGGCAGUGGCUUCAACGGGAUGGGAGUCCGACUCUUUGAUUCUUACUUUGGACGUCGAAGCAAACUACAAGGGCCCAACAAGAUCAUCAACACUGGAGGGUGUAGUCAGCAAAAUCUUGAAAGAUUGCAAAAACACCAAACCCUCGUUGAAAAAAGCCUCUGGAAUUUGGCUCUUUUCUUUAAUCCAAUACUGUGGACACCUCCAAGAGAUUCAAAGCCGACUACGAGAGUGCCAAGCAGCAUUUAUGGGCCUAUUAUCAGCACGAGAUGACCUCGUCCAAGAAACUGCAUCACGGGGGCUGAGUCUUGUGUAUGAACAAGGUGAUAAGGACCUCCGAGAGCGUCUCGUUGCAGAUUUGGUGGCAUCAUUUACCGGAACUUCAACAAAAAUUAAAGUCGAGGAAGACACUGAACUUUUCGAACCCGGUGCCCUUCCAACCGGCAAUGGCGAAUCUGUCACGUCUUAUAAAGAUAUUAUGUCACUUGCUGCGGAAGUUGGAGACCAGAGUCUCGUUUACAAGUUCAUGUCUUUGGCUUCUAAUGCUGCAACGUGGUCAACAAGAGCUGCCUUUGGAAGAUUUGGUCUCAGCAGUAUCUUGUCCGAGUCUGCAGUUGAUCCAAAGCUGUACCCUAAGCUAUUUAGAUACCGCUUUGAUCCAAACCCGAACGUACAGAGAUCUAUGAACGACAUCUGGAAUGCCCUCGUCAAAUCACCCACGGCUGUCAUCGACGAGCACUUUGAUGCAAUCAUGGAUGACCUACUAAAGAACAUCCUGGGUAAAGAAUGGCGUACGAGAGAAGCAAGUUGCGCGGCUAUUGCGGACCUAGUUCAAGGACGGCAGUUUGAAAAGUACGAGAAAUACCUGGCUCAAAUCUGGGAAGUUGCUUUCAAGGUUCUCGAUGAUAUCAAAGGAUCUGUCAGAAAGGCGGCUGAGAAGUUGUGCCAAGUCCUCACUGGGAUUCUCGUACGACAGCUUGAAGCUGGUACAUCCUCCAAAAAUGCUCAGGUUAUGCUGAAAGAGGUCAUGCCCUUCCUAUUCUCGACGCGGGGUCUCGAAAGCCCGUCAAAUGAGGUUCAGAAAUUCGCAUACGAUACCGUUCUGAAGCUUGUAAAGAGCGGUGGAAAAACACUACUGCCAUUUAUUCCUAGUCUCAUCGAACAAAUAUUGGGCCUUUUGAGCACACUGGAGCCAGAUAUCAUCAAUUAUCUUCACAUGAACGCUGCAAAGUACGAUACCACGCAAGAGAAGAUUGAUGAAGCCCGCAGUACUGCUAUUUCGCAUUCACCAAUGAUGGAAGCCAUCGAACGAUGCUUAGAUCUUCUAGACGAUAAGACAAUGAAAGAUCUGGUGCCCCAUCUGGAAAACGUCAUCAAGACAGCUGUUGGUAUGCCUUCAAAAGUUGGAUGCAGUGGUGUACUCGUUAGUCUUGCGACCAGACAUUCUUUCUUAUUUAAGCCCCACGCAGAUAUCUUUUUGAAGGAUAUGGAAAAGGCCGUCCGCGAUCGGAAUUCCACUGUCAGCGCAGCAUAUGCCCGAGCUGCAGGCUACCUAGCCCGGCUUGGUUCGAAUCAGCAAAUUCUCAAACUCGCAACUUAUUCAAAGAAUUUAUAUUUCGCAGCCGAAGACGAGUCUCACCGGCAGGUAUCUGCAGACAUCAUAUACGCAAUGUCUAAAUUUGCGACAGACCGGUUCAAUGCACUCGCAACUGAGUUCCUGCCCUUUGUUUUCAUGGCUAAGCAUGACUUUGACGAGCAUGUUAGAGAUCAGUUUACUAAAACUUGGGAUGAGAAUGUCGGCGGUUCUCGCGCUGUCCUUCUAUAUCUGAAGGAGAUUAUCGACAUCGCAGUCGAGCGUCUCGAUUCUCCUAAAUGGACAGUGAAGCAUACAGCCGCUGUUACUAUAGCAGAUGUCGUAACCUCUGCGGGCACAGAUAUCAGCAUCCCACACUCCACGGCUAUAUGGCCGGCGCUCGAAAGGGCCCUUGCUGUUAAAACCUUCGAUGGCAAGGAGAAGGUCUUGACUAGUUUUGUCAAAUUUUCACAGGCCAGCAAGACAUUUUGGUCGAAGGAUCCAAAAAUCACCGCGCAAAUGACGAAGAUUGCAAUCCGCGAAGCGAAACGAAAUAACGAUGCAUAUCGCCCUCAUGCUUUCCUUGCUCUGGGCGAAUACGCCGAGGCGAGAACAGACACGGACCUCUUCACCGAGGUGCACAAUGUCAUUUGGCCAUGGCUCGAAGAGGCUAUUAGCGACGAUAAAAUGGACGUUGACGACAAGGACGACAAGAAAGCCAGCUCGUUAGAUACGCUCACAAUCACCAACGGUGUCUCCGCCUUAAUACGCGCUGUGAACACCGAGCCAGGGGUUGUAGAGAACCCACUCACACAUCUCCCUCAACUGCUCGAGCGAAUGAACGCAGUCUUUGCAAGCCAGAAAUCAAGCAUAAACGCACGUGUGGCCCUCUAUGAGCGCUCCAAACUCAAGUUCGCCGCCCUAGCUAAAGGUACACCGCAACCUGGAGACAACUAUGCCCUUGCAGCGGGCUAUUUUUCGUUACUGGAAGUGCCGUCCGGUGUAGGGAGCGAGGUGGCGAGGACGAAACGCGCGGAGGCUGCAGAAGCAGUAAUUGAUGCAGUUGUGGCGGGCGUGUUUGGGGAGGAUCAGGCAGGGAGGGUCGGGUUGAGUGAGGACUUUGGGAAGCAGCUCCGUGAGGCCUCUGCGAAUGAGCGCGCGCUAGGGGUGAAGAGGGUAUUACAAAGCUGUACUGAGAAGCUGAGCAAGAUCUAGCGGUUUUUUCAGACCCCAGGGUGUUGUGAAGGGGGG